AUGUCCUUGCGACGCUGGUGCCUGGCGUUGAAUGUAAAAGCACUGCAUCGCGACACUUCUUUCGACUUCUCUCCGUCUGACUACUUCUCCCUACGUAAUGACACUGGCAAUUAUCACACCGGAGAUAUCACGUUGCGGUGGCGAGUCUCAGGACAGUCGGAGUGGAACGACGUCGACACAGCUGCUCAGCGCCCGAACAACCCCAUCUCCUCGCGGGCCAAUGGAUCACUGUUGCAUUCAGACUUCACCAAUGUCUUCCCGCAAGCCGCGCAGCAUGUUUCCAUUGUUCGGGAUUGGAAGACUGACCGAAAGGGCAACUUGCAGCUCUACGCCACCCUCGCCAACACCGGCCGCCAGACGAUCGAGAUAGGUGCCUUCGGCUUUCCCCUCGAGUUCAACAAUAUCUUUACCAACCGAACGGCAACCGACACGACCAAUAAGUGCGUUCUGGUCGAUCCGUACAUCGGCCUCGACGCAGGCUACGGCUCGCAAUUAGAAGCGUGGCGAUUUUUGACUGAAGAAAGUGGGAAUACGUACUACCAAUCCCAAGUGUACGAAGGCAACUAUGCAUGGCAGACUCAUAGUUUGGCAUACGCAGAAAACGAAUGGAAUGCGACGAAUCCAUGGAACCACGGCACGUCCGCCUUCAUUCAUCCCGGCCAAUCCACUACGUUUGCGCUCACCUUCUCCCCAACGCAGAAUGUGUACGACAUCGAAUCCGCGGUCGCGUCUCUGGGUUUACCCGUUGCAAUUGGUAUUCCCGGAUAUGUGUUGCCCACCGAUCUAGUGGGCAAGCUGUUCCUCCAGGCUUCGGCACCAGUGCGUUCGAUAUCCGUCAGCCCGAGCGGAAUGCUGAGGUUCACGCCUACGAAGGCAAGCAACGGAGCGUGGAAAGCGUACAAUGUCGCCGCUUCCGGCUACGGGCGUGCGGCGGCUACCAUCACCUAUGACAAUGGCCUGCGGCAGACGGUCCACUACUAUGUCAUCAGCCCGAUCACGGAUACCGCCAAUCGGCUCAGCAGCUUCAUGUUCGACGAACAAUGGUUCGCCGACAAGUCCGACCCUUUCAACCGCGCACCGUCCGUCAUUGCCUACGAUUGUCAAGCCGACCACCAGAUCUUGCAAGAACAGCGAGCAUGGAUUGCUGGCCUCUCUGACGAAGAGACACACGUCCAUCCCGUGCCCGCCGAAGUCGCGAAGCUCGAGGAAAUGGCAAACGAAGUCGUGUGGGGCUGGCUUCAGGAUAGGAACAACGACAGCGGCCAGCCCGAGUAUGGCGUCAAGCGCAGCGUCUUUUUCUACGACCCCUCCCACGUCCCGGGCUACACUUACGACCCCUCCAUCGACUGGACCACGUGGGGAAUCCUGGGACAAAGCCGACGCGUACGCUCUGUAUAUUGGGGACUAUAUGGUGCUGAGCGCGCGAACCCCGGCAUCUUGAAAACGCAAAGCCGUACGUGGUACCUCGAGAAGGCAUACCGAACAGCCUUGGCGUCGCAGGCUCUCUACCCGAAUGGGACCGCAGUCACAUCCUACAGUGACGUGGGCCUCAUAGGCGAGACGAUCUGGAAAGGCAUUCUCGAUGCCUUGUACGCAGAAGGCAUGACAGAUUACGCCAAUCAAUUGAAGCAGUCCAUGCAAGCUCGGCAGGCCGUUUGGACAGGUCAGGACGAUCCGUUUGGAAAUGAAAUGGCCUGGGAUUCGACGGGUCAAGAGGGUGUCUACGUGUGGUCCAAAUACUUUGGUGACACUGCGACCGUGACGAAAACCCUGAACUCCAUUAGGGGCUAUAUGCCCACGGUGGCGCACUGGGGGUACAAUGGCAACGCGCGCCGCUAUUGGGAUUUCGAGUAUGGUGGCAAAAUCGAACAGAUCGAGCGCAUGAUCCACCACUACGGAUCCAGCCUCAACGCAUUACCCGUGCUCGGUGCAUACGAGAACAACCCGCAACCCUCCACCAUCGCGGCAUUGUAUGAUCUUCGUAUCGGGUACGGUGGCAACAUGGGCCCCUUGACCAACAUUAACGCUGCCGGCUGCCCUUCGACCGCUUUCCACUCCUACGCCGAUCUCAUGCAAUGGGAUGGGUACACAGGCGACUACGGCCCCAAUUAUAACGGUCACAUUAUUGGUGCCACCACUUACGUUGUCCAGCACCCCGACUUUGGCUGGCUCAGCUUCGGCGGCAACCUCGAGCAGCGCGGUAGCGUCCUCAGUGUCACCCCCAAGGACACUGUUCGCCGCCGCGUCUACGUCGCCCCUGAGGGCUUGCUCGUGGAGUUCGACGCCGCCGAAAUCACCGACAUCACGUACGAUACUGUAUCGCACAGCAUCACACGACCCCUAUUUGCACAAGGUACAGUCACGAAAGUCGUCUUUCGCGAUGUCUUUCACUUUCCAGCUGUCGGCUCCUUGGCUGCAAAUUGA